CUGUUUGGCUAAACUCUCCUUUUAGUAAAAUGUGCUCAUGGAGUAGCAAGAAUCCAUUUGUUAAAAAGUCAACUUCAAACUAUGGAUCCAGCUUUGCAAGGGCGCCUACUUCAUCAAGUCGAUAUGGAACAAAUAGCGGAACAGCAUCACCAUUCAAAGGAGGGAUGAGCACAAAUUAUACAAAUAAAUAUGGUAGCAGUUAUGGCAGGAGCUAUAAUACCAGCUCGACUGGGUAUGAUAGAAUGGGAACUUCUAGCAGUUAUCACCAGCCUAAUAGUAAGAUCGAGAUAUCAAGAUCUGCUGAGCGUGAAAUUGAGGAUAAAGGAACUUGGGGCAUCGAUCAACUUAAGAAUAUGAGAGAUUAAAAGAUUAUUCAGAUACAAGCAAAGAUGCAACUAUUACCUUUUGCUGCAUCACUAAAAUGGAAGGUUUCAACGGCUUUUGACUUGAUGAACUUAGAUUCAUAGAUUACAGGAACCAUUAUGAAAAAUAAAAUAAAUUUAGAUGAGUUUGUCCAGAAAAAUCAGAGAAGAGACCAAGCUUUUCAAAGCUCUUCUAAAUCUCCCUUUGAGAGAUCAAAUACAAGAAGCUUCACUGAAGGAUCUGGACGUUCAGCUAAUCCCUUUACUAAGGGUUCUGGAGGAGCUACUGGAUUUAGCAAAAGCCCAUUUGAAAGGUCUAAAACUAGCUUUGCAGGAAGAGGUGGAGGAAAUCCAUUUACAUCAAAUAAUAAUUCCAAAACUCCAUUUGGAAGAUCCUCAGACAGGAAAAACACAUUUGGUCAAGGAGGAUCUUCAUCAAAAUAAUCCUUUUAGUAGAUCAGGCACAUCAAAGUCUCCCUUUGGUGGCUCAAAAACUACAAGUCCUUUCAGUAAGUCAGACAGUAAAAAUCCAUUUGGAACAGGAAGAACGGUUAAUAAUGUCUCAAGAACGAAUCCAUUUGGAUCAGGUUCUUCAAACAAAAAUCCAUUUGGGACGAAACCAUCUACAAGUACUACUUUCAAUCGGGGAGCUUCUAAUACAGAUUUCAUCAAAAUGCUUGAAGUUCUCUCAAAGAAAAACCCUUAUGGGCUCGAAAAGAUCAAAAAGGAUUCUUCAUACAAUUUAAAUUAUGGUUUCACAGGCCAAAUGAACGAACACACCUUCCCUUUAUCAAACCAAAAUGAUAUCGACAAACCUAUUUCGAUGAAGCUUGGGUUUAAGAGCACUCCUAUCGACCUCUCAAGGCCAAUCACAGGUUCUGUAGAUCCCGAAAAGCAAAGUAAAACUAUUUCAGACCCUCACUGGAGAGAUGAACAUUUCUUAAAACCAAGAGAUACUCUCAGAGACAGGAAGUCCUUUGGCUCAAUUAGCUAUAUCGACUCAAAUAAGCAAAACAAUAGAGAUUUAUCACAGCCUGAUCUCAAGGAAACAGAAGAAAUGAUUAGAUAUUACACACAGAAAAAGCCAAGACUUCAUCAAAAUAGUCGUAUAAUCUCCCCAGAUAAUACCACUACUCGAAAUAUUGGUGUAGAGUCUUCACUCCCUCGGAACUGAAUAGAAGUAAACAUAGAAUGCCAUAUUGAAGAAAACAAGGAAAUCUUGCCACCCAUUAGAGCUAAACUAACUCGAACUGUAGAAGAUAUCAUUGAAACAGCAGUAAAAAUGCUCGGCAAAAAGUACUAUGGGAUAAAAACAGACAACUGCACUAUUCUUAAUGGAAGUAGUAUUUUACUCAAUGAAUAUGUCCUUUCAGAGUGAGAUAUACCAUCUGGCAGACUUCUCACCAUGAUUGUUUGACCAGAUAACCAAAUAGCCAAGCUAGAAGAAGAUAAAGAGUCUCUUUGAGGAGAACAGCUGGUUGAUUAUGAUUUAGUGAAAGGCUUGUCAGUCCAAGAUUUACAAACUAAGCCCAGUUUUCAUGAAAUAAUUCGGAUGUCAGAACAGCAAGCACAAAGAGUAGAAAAGUUUGAAAUUUUCAAUCAGUUUGGAAAAAUUGUUUGGGAAGGAAUUACAGAUUUGAUAUCAAUACUAAACCCUGAGGGAUAUACAUUUACCUGUCUUGAUGAGGUCAUUGAGAUAAAGCACUCUUCGCUUGCUAUAUAUGAAGAUACAGCUGUCAAACCUCCUGUAGGAGAGGGUCUAAAUAGGCCAUGAGUGAUUACUCUGUACGACCUCUACCCUCAUGAGAUAAAAUCAGAGCUAAAACAAGCUAAAAUAUUAACAAAAGAGCAAGUAAGGAUCUACGAUCAGUUCAAAUUUAACCUUCGAGAUAUUGUAAGAAAGAAAGGUGGUAUAUUCUUGUCCUAUCAAGGCUCAAAAGGAGAGCUUAAAUUUUCAGUUGAUCAAUUCUAAGUAAAAAUAUUUUCCAUGCCAUUAUCUAAUAUUUCACUUUGAAUAAUUAU